AUGGCCACCGAAAUUCAAAGUUCCGCGGUCCCCUCAUCAUUCCGGCGCAGGAUAGCAUCUGGCAAAAUCAUUCCCACAAUGCCAGAUUUAGCGAACCUCUCUCUCUCUGCAACUCUUUCACUCCCUCAUUGCUCCUCCGAUGCUCCGCUCAAAACCCUACCCAACAGCUUCGUUUCCGAACCUCCCUUCGAACCUCGGGUUCUGAAGCGCACCCGCGGUUCCCUGGAUCGGGUCCAAAAGCCCAACAAUAACAAGCCCUUCGAGGAUCGCCUCAAAGAUCCCUUCUCUCUUCCUUUUCUUGUUGGUGCUUCUAAGAUGGAUGAAUGUUGCUUUUGUCGCCAUUGUAUCUGCCCUGGAGAGGAAUUGCUAUGUUCUGUUCGUGGAUGUGAUGCACGCUACCACGUGGAAUGUGCAAAAGAAGUGGUUGGAGCUGCGAGUCUGAAAAAGUUCAAAUGCCCACAACAUGUAUGCUUCAUUUGCAAGGCAAAAAAACAAUUGACGUGUGUGCGUUGCAAAAUUGCGUUCCAUAGUAAAUGUGCACCAUGGCCAGAUGCAGUGAUGCAUCUUAAAGAUCAUCCUGGGCAAGCUGUUUGUUGGAGGCAUCCUUCUGAUUGGCGCCUGGAUAGAAAGGAAGUAUUUUGUCGCUUGCCUCUUCCAUUUAUCAGUGAGGAGUUUAAGAUUGACUUCACUUGGAAAGACAUGGACAAUAAAAUGGAGCCACCACCAUAUGUGCACAUAAGACGCAAUAUAUACCUAGUGAAGAAGAAGCGUAGUGAUGUGGAUGAUGGUGCAGGGUGCACCAGUUGCAGUUCUAUGUGUUCGGAUGAUUGUGUGUGCAGGGUUCAAUGCAUAAGCUGCUCAAAGGCUUGUCGUUGCUCAGAAAAUUGCAAUAAUCGGCCAUUUCGGAAGGAAAAAAAGAUCAAGAUCGUCAAGACUGAACUUUGUGGAUGGGGAGUGGAGGCCGCCGAAACAAUCGAUAAAGGUGGAUUUAUAAUCGAGUAUAUUGGUGAAGUCAUUGAUGAUGCUUUAUGCGAAAAAAGGCUUUGGGACAUGAAAUACAGGGGUGUACAGAAUUUUUACAUGUGUGAGAUUCGGAAAGACUUCACAAUAGAUGCAACUUUCAAAGGAAAUACAUCACGAUUUUUAAACCAUAGCUGCGAUCCCAACUGUGUUUUGGAAAAGUGGCAAGUUGAUGGUGAAACACGUGUGGGUGUAUUUGCUGCUCGUUCAAUAGAAGUUGGAGAGCCGUUGACAUACGAUUACAGAUUUGUGCAGUUUGGUCCAGAGGUGAAAUGCCACUGUGGCGCUGCAAAUUGUCAAGGCUUUCUAGGGACGAAAAAGAAAAUUGGCAAGGUAGAUCUGUGUUGGGGCUCGAAACGUAAGCGAACAUCAAAUGGUUGCAUUCCGUUAGUAACAGCAGCUGUAUGAUUUGUGGAGAUAGAGUGUAGCCAUUGGUGUUGUACGUAAGCGAAGUAAAAAACAGCAAUAAA